AUGGACGCUAUACGGAAGCAGCUCGAUGUGCUCAUGGGAGCCAAUCGAAACGGCGACGUCCGUGAAGUUAACCGCAAGUAUUACGAUCGCGAUGUUUGCCGUCUCUACCUCGUCGGUCUUUGCCCUCACGAACUCUUUCAGUUAACGAAAAUGGAUAUGGGUCCUUGCCCUAAAGUUCACUCAUUGCAGCUCAGAAAAGAAUAUGAGGAAGCCAGAGGCAAAGGGAUCGAUAAUUACGAGAGGGAGUUGGAGGAUGUUAUUGAUAAGCUUAUUGGUGAAUGUGAUAGGAAAAUUGGUAGAGCUCUUAAGCGACUUGAGGAUGAUGAUGCCAAAGCGGCAAUUGCAAUUUCGGUCUCUGAAGUUACUCAGACACCGGAAGUGCUGGAGUUGGCCAAAGAAAUCAAAGAGAAGUUGAAAGAAGCUGAUAAAUAUGAUCUUGAAGGCUUGUCAGAUAUGAAGAUUAGAGCUUUGGAGAUUGUUGAAGAACUUAGAAUCAAAAGAGCAGACAAACAGUCUACGCUUCUUUUAGAUGCAUUCAACAAAGAUAGGGCAUCUUUACCUCAACCUCUGCCUAAUCCACCACCAUUGGCACCCCUUCCUGUAAUUACUCCCGACGCUCGAACACAGGAGAUGAUAAAUGAAAAGUUGAAGAAGGCUGAGGAUCUUGGUGAGCAAGGAUUAAUUGAUGAGGCACAGAAAGCAUUGGAAGAGGCCGAAGCACUUAAGAAGCUUCCUUCCAGGCAGGAGCCGGCACUGGAUUCAUCAAAGUAUACCGCUGCAGACGUGCGGAUUACUGAUCAGAAGCUACGGGUGUGCGACAUCUGUGGAGCAUUUCUAAGUGUGUAUGACAGUGAUCGUCGAUUAGCUGAUCAUUUUGGAGGGAAACUUCAUUUAGGGUAUAUGCAAAUUCGUGAGAAGUUGGCAGAACUUCAAGAAGAAAGAAACAAGAGCCGUAAGACUGAUCGUCUUGAUGACAGAAGAUCAAAAGAAAGAAGUAGGGACCGUGACAGGGAGCCGAGUAGGGACCGUGAACGUGGUGAGAGCCAUGAGCGAGGGCGAGACAAUGAUCGCAGGAGCAGGGACCGUGAUAGGCACCAUGAUAGAGACCGUGGCUAUGACCGAGAUCGGGACAGAGACUCAUCCCGCUCAUAUGAUUCAAGAAGUCGCCGGAGGUCACGAUCUCGAGAGCGUUCUAGAGAUUAUGAUCGUCAUAGGCGUCAUGAUCGGUAUUAG